GAGUAGAUACCAGUUUGAUAAGUUGUACCUCAGAAGAACUUGCCAUAUAUUGUACCUGUGACAACUGUUGUGCGAUAAACUUUGAUUGAUUGAUUGAUUGAUUGUCAGGACAACUCAGCCCUCCCUCGGCCCCUGGCCAUUGACUCCCUGUUCAGGAAAACUCAGCACCAAGCCCCAGGACAAGUCGGCACUCAGCAGCAUAAUUUCUCAGCACGUAGUCAGUAUUUGGGGCUCCAAGUAUCGUAAAUUAUUUUUCCGCAGCUUGCUAUGUCCGGUCUGGGCGGAGUGAGCAGCGAGGCCGCGAUGGGCCAGGCGCAGCGGAUCUGGGACAUGCUGGACGAGCUGGCCGACUCCGACCCGGAGGCCUACAGGAACUUCAUCUCCGGGCAGAUGCAGCAGGCUAAGGAGGAGGGGCGCCGGGGCUGGGCACCUGUACCCGAGCCCCACAUGUGUGUCAGGACAAACAUUCAGAAACAUCUGCAGAAGGACGGACCUGCUAAGGAUGCCAGAGUCCUGUACCUGAACAUCUGCAGUUUUGACAAAGUGCCGUCUCCCAAGACUGACCAGGACCCUGUCCCUGUCAGCGGUGGGAAGAUGUCCACUGGGACAGAUGAACAAGGGCUGUAUGCCGCUGUUCCCAUCGUGUUCAACCCCUCCGUGUUACAAGAGGUGGCGAAGGACAGGACAGCGGAGGACAUGCUGAUCAGCCUUGCUCUGGAGUAUGUACAGCACCAGUACAAACUGACGACGUCCUCAAAGUUCGUGAAAUGUGAGGAGAAGCUGAAAGGAGAUUACAAGACUCUGGUCAAGGCCUUCCAGCAGCUGUCUAAGAAAAGCGACCCCUCGGGACCCGCGGGAUCGGGUGACGUCUUAGACUCUCCGCAGUCCGUCCUCCAUCAGCUGUCCAACCUGUCCACGGAAACCGAAGACAAGGACGAGCCCGUCAUCUCACUAGUGUCUGAGGACAAACCCAAACCAGGGAGAACCAAGUUGAUAGAGGAGAUCUCCAGCACAGAGACACAGCUUACCAAGCCUGACUUUCACCUCACUGUGAAGGACGCAGAGGGAUCAAAGCCGAGGAGACUUGUGCUGAAGAUCACAUUACCCCUGGUCAGGAGUGUGUCGGAAUGUGAGCUGGACAUCUCAGAGGACGAUGUGGUGUUGGAAGUUCCUGGAAAGUACAAACUGGAGACAGCUCUGCCACACAGCAUCGACGAGGAACGUGCAGCUGCCAAGUUCAGUGUCAAGACUUCUUUAUUAACAGUAACAAUGCCGGUCAAGAUGGACUCCAAUGGGCUACAGUCAUGAUGACCUCAUGUGUACAUGUGUUACACAAACUCUACCAAGUUGCCUACAUUCCUAUGUCUUCUUCAAGUUGCCUUUACACUUUAAAAGUGUUUCUGUAUAUCUGAGAGAUGAAAUAAAUGAAUUGAUACGAUAUACUAGUAUACAAUUUAUAUAAUUGUAUUCUGCAUGUCUCACAACCAUGUUUGAGAUAAAUAGAUAGCAAAGUUCUUUGAUCACAACCAUUUCUUUUUCACGAGCCAGCAUUUUGAUGACCGUCUGUCAUCUUCAUCAGUGCAAUUCU